GUUUUGAACAUAAAAACCGAGAGAGAGAGAGAGAGAGAGAGAGAGAGAUUAGCUGGCCAUGGCGUCGACGCAGGAGACCCGGGAGGAGCGGGCGGAGACCGAGGCGAAGAAGGCCUCGGACGAGCUCGCCCAAAUCCGCAGUGAGAGUGAGGGCGAGCAGCAUGACAAGGAGCAUCAAGCGAGUGGGGGCGAGGAGAAGCGGAGGGGAGUCUUGGGGAGCAUCCAGGAAGGCACUAAGUCCCUUCUGAGAACUGUCAAGGAUGUCACCACCGGCAAAGCUCACGACGCUUCCGAGAAGGCCGGGGAGACCAAGGACGCGGCGGCCGAGAAGGCGAAGGAGACCAAGGACGCGUCGGCCGAGAAGGCGAAGGAGACCAAGGACGCCGCCAUGCAAAAGAUGGGGGAGUACAAGGACACUACCGCAGAGAAGGCGAAGGAGUACAAAGACUGGGCGGCUGAGAAGGCGAGGGAAGGAAAGGACACAACCAUGCAGAAGGCCGGAGAAUAUAAAGACGUAGCCAUGGAGAAGGCCGGAGUACAUAAAGACACUGCGGCCGAGAAGGCGACGGAGGCCAAGGACACUAGCAAGCAGAAGGCCGGGGAGUAUACAGACUCCGCGGUCGAGAAGGCGAGGGAGAUGAAGGAUGCUAGUAUGCAGAAGACAGGGGAGGCCAAAGAAUCACUAAGUGAGAAGGCAAGCAAGGCGGCCGACAAGGCGAGGGAGGCGAAGGAUGCAGGCAUGGAGAAGACAGAAGAGUACAAAGAGUCGGGCAGUGAGAAGGCGAGAGAGGCAGCCGAGAAGGCGAGGGAAGCGAAGGAAGCUAGCAUGCAGAAGACGGAAGAGUACAAAGGAUUAGCAAGUGAGAAGGCAAGUGAGGCAGCCGAGAAGGCGAGGGAGGCUAAGGACGUUGCUGCUGAGAGAACAGAGGGGAAGGAGUCUACUAAGGGGAAGUUGGGGGAGUACAAGGAAUCAGCAGCUGACGCGGCACGAAAAGCCAUGGAAUACUUGACUGGAAAGGAGGCGGAGGCUAGGCAGAAGGCCGCUGAGACAGGAGAAUCCACAAAGGAGAAGUUGGGUGAGACAAAAGAGUCGGCGAGGCAGAAGCUGGAAGAGGCUACGGAGAGAGCAAAGGAAAAGAAGGAAGAGGAGCAAAGAAAGGCUGAGGAACGCCAAGAUGAGGAGGCCGAGAAGGGAAAAUCUGCCACGGGGAAUAUAUUUAGCUCGAUUGGGAGCGUAACGGAGGCAAUCAAGGAGAAGCUGACGAUGCCGAAGGAGGAGGAGGAGAAGAAGAGAGAGGAGCAUGGUGGAGAGAAGGUGGCGGAGCACAAGGAGGAGGAGCAUGGAGGUCCUGGUGGAGGAAGAGAGCAGGAUGUGGUGAUGCGAGCGAAGGAUGCUGACCAGAUGACGGGUCAGACGUUCAACGAUGUGGGGCCCUUGGGAGGGGAAGGGACUGGUCGUGCUGAUCGCCAAGGGAUGUGAUCAGAUUCUCGUUGGGCUCGCGUCAUGGUUUAUAAAUAUGGGCGUCUUCCGUAUUUUAUUUUAUUUGUUUUUUUUUUGUGCUUUUCUUGUACUUUGUGGUGCUUUUUCUUGUACUUUGUGGUGAAUCAGUUUAGUAAGUCUAAGGAUGUCGUAUGUCGACCUUUGUUGGAUGGAUGGUUAUAGCGUUGUGGAAAGAUCUUGUGAUUUUUAUGAAAUUAGCUUCUUUUUUUUUU